CUGUGCAAUUGCAGGAGCUUGCUCCACUAUGAAGUCUAUGCGAAAAUUUUACCGCUCUCAUUUGGCAAUCCCAUUUCCAUUUUGACUUAUUUUUGCAGAGAGCCAUUUCCAAGAAUGAAAGAGCCCCCCAAACAAGCGGUUUGUUGACGUGAGACUGUUUUUUACACUCCUAAGUGGAUGAGUGAGGACUUGACUUGAUUGCUUUGAGGAAGGUGCUGUCUUCAACGCAGCAAAAGAAUCAAAAUGUUUAAGUAGGCGUGUUGUUGUAAUUCUGUUUUAAUUCCGCUUUGCAAGGUGCUCAGUUUCAUUGUAUCUCUCCCUUCUCUCCGCCUUGUGACUGCCACCCAUCAGCCGGCUUUUCAACUGACCGUUGCUUACUGUCUGCUGCCAAGUUGAGUUUCAAGUGUUGAAAAGAUAAAUUUCUCCGCUCGUCGGGUUAGAUUCUCAACUUUUCGACUCGUUUGUGCCGCUCGCCUUGUGAUCUUUUUGCCUUUAGCUGCUACAACAUUUCGCUAAUAUGAUUUGUUGUUGGCGCUUUUUGCUAUUGUUUUUUGGCUGGCUCGUUGUGAAUGGCCGUUUACUCGUCGCUCAGGCAAUUGUCGCCUCCAUCGAUCAGCUGCUGCUGCUGCUGCCGUUGCGGCCGCCACCACUUGCUGUCUUUCAGCUUGCCACUCGAGUGCGUUUCGCACAGUCGACCCCAACAACACAUCGCCGCCGUUCGCUCUGUUUCAAUUUAUACUGCCGACGCUUUCGUCCAGCUCGUCGCUUCGUUGCCAAUGAAACGCUACCGCCUCCGUGGCUAUCAGCACGUCUUAGCUGUUUUUACCAAAUCCGCCAAACAACUGUUUGCGGCGCGUUUGCUAUGUUGCGCCUAAGCUAUGUCGCUCGCCGUUAACUGAGCAGCGCGUACGACUGGGGCGAGCAGGCGCCACCUGACAUUUCGCCAAUAGCCGCCGUUUGGCAUCUUCAUUCAUUGGUCAGCGUGACAAUGGAGCGGUUGUCGUGUUAACGGAUUUUCGAGUUGUCGCCGUCGCCACUUUACGCAUUGUAAACUCGUACGCGGAGCGUGUUGCACGCGUACACUAAAAUCGAAAAGCGAAACAGUUCGACCAAAGAAUUCAAAUAUGAAACCUAAAGUACUGCAAUAGUUUGUUGAACAAAAUGAAAACCGGAAAUUACUUGAAUCGCAAAGUUGAAAUCAGUGUAAAUUUUUCGAAAUUGUGAUGACAAAUAAAGUUUUGAAAAAAUUAAAAAAAAUCUCAGAAACUAUUAACGAUUGUAAGUAAGAUUUUUACACUUAUAAUAUCCCCAGUGUCCGUUUGAGUGAAAAUAAAAUAAUUUUCCAAGUGUUAACAUUAAGAUAAAAUGCUUCUGAGCAACAGCUCGUCUGAAGCACAGCAACAACAACAAACCGCAUCAGCGUCAUCGCCGCAAACCCACUUUAGACAGCAGAAGCUGCACGAUAAUCAACACCACCAGAGUCAACAGGAAAGACGAAAUUUCGCCAACAAUAACAAUAACAACAACUACUACUACCAUAACGAAAAGCAUAAUCUGAAUUAUUUGCCCGCUAACGUGACACAACAGGUCCCGACACCAGCGUCAGCCUCAGCAUCAUCGAAAUCCACACCCACCACCGCUGCCGCCGCCGCCGUGGCAGCAGCCGCUGCAGCUGCCACAUUGUUGUUAAACCAAUCUGGCGUUUUCGCAACAACUGCCGACGCGGCAACUAGAACAGCGACAGCCACCACAAAUAUCAUCAACGGUAAUUCCAGUGUCGGCGCCACGGAUUUCUCAAUCGCUGCGAUAAUGGCGCGAGGCGCGAACGCCUCGAGCCGCGAACCAUCCGAAAGGAGCUUGAGUCCGCUUUCGGUGGAACCCUAUCCCGAGCCAGACGAUGACGUCGAUGUGGAUGUGGACGUGGUGGACUGUAGCGACUCCGAGUCGCCGUCGGGGCGCGCAAUGCGUGCCCAUCACCGCCAUCAGUUGCAGCAACAGCACCUGCCACAGGCGCACCACAAACUACAACGGCACGCGCACCACAGUCAGCAUAGCGCCAGUGUUAGUAACGGUGAUAGCACCGGUGUACAACAACAGCAAGCAAGGCGUAGCAGCAGUCGGGGGCGUGCUUCACCGCAGAGCCCCAACAGCUCCACCGCGAACGACGAGGAUCGCCUGUCGCCGGAGCCCGCGCAGGUAAAACGCAAAUCUGCACCGAAAAUUGUUGGCUCCUGCAACUGUGAUGAGCUGCUGCCGGUGCAAUGUCACCUGGAGACGAAGGAACUGUGGGACAAGUUCCACGAAUUGGGCACUGAGAUGAUAAUCACCAAAACGGGGAGACGUAUGUUUCCCACCGUGCGCGUCAGCUUCUCAGGCCCUCUGCGUCAGAUACAACCACCCGACCGUUACGCUGUGGUGUUGGAUGUUGUGCCGAUGGAUUCACGACGCUAUCGAUAUGCUUAUCACCGCUCAUCAUGGCUAGUUGCGGGCAAAGCGGAUCCACCGCCGCCAGCGCGGCUUUAUCCACAUCCCGAUUGUCCCAUAAGUGUGGAGGCGCUGAGAAAGCAAGUGGUCUCCUUCGAGAAAGUGAAACUGACAAAUAACGAAAUGGACAAAAAUGGGCAGAUCGUACUGAACUCCAUGCACCGUUACCAGCCGCGCAUACAUCUAGUGCGGCUCGCCCAUGGGCAGAAUAUACCCACAAACCCGAAGGACCUGCAGGAGCUGGACCACAAAACUUUCGUUUUUCCGGAGACGGUAUUCACAGCGGUCACGGCUUACCAAAAUCAAUUAAUCACAAAGUUGAAAAUCGACUCAAACCCAUUCGCAAAGGGAUUUCGUGACUCUUCGCGUCUGACGGACUUUGAUCGCGACCCCAUGGACUCAUUUUUGCUCGAGCAGCACCUGCGCUCGCCGCUGCGCUUCUUUCCCGACCCGUUAAUGGCGCAGCUGUCGCCGCAAGAAGCCGACGCCGCCUCGCUGGCAUUUCUGGAGAAGGCGCGCCAGCAUCUGCAAAUGUUUGGCCGUUCGCCGUACACGGAAAUGCUGCUGCCGCAACUGUACCAGCGCCCGCCCGUGCUGAACGCCUUCAACAUUGGCAUGUGGCAGCAGCAGUGGCCGCAGCUGACCGCCGGCUUCAUAGCGAGCGCCAAUCAACAGGCAGUCGCUGCACAAGCCGCCGCCGCCGCUGCAGCAGCGGCCAACGCAUGCCGCACGCCACCACCACCCCCGCCAUCGUCCAUCAUGGUUGGCGUGCCACCGCCGCCACCGGCCACUACACCCUCCUCGUCCGGUUCGGCCUCGCCGGAUAUGCGUAUUAGGCACUUUCAGCGCUACAGCCCGUAUCAGGUGCCGCAUCCACAGCAACAACAGCAGCAAGUGCCGCAGCAGCCGCCGCCACUAACGCGCUCGCCUCCACUAUGAGGAGCGGUCUGAAGCGUGCGGGGAUUUAAAUGUGCAAUCUGAUAUUUUGCUUUUAAUUUCAUCGAUUAUUGAUAUGCUUUUUGGCGUUGCCAGCUUUGUGCGCGCAUGAAAAAAGGAGCCGGUUGUGGUUUCGUUUGGCGUGAAUUGUAGAAUAUUUGGAUGUGCGUUUGCAGUAUUAAAAUUAUUAAAAUUAGGCAAUUGCGAUAAUGAUUAUGUAAUGUAAUGUAAAAAUGCUAAUUCAAAUGAAAUCUGUUUAAUUUAUUGUAUUUGUAAAAACGGUACUUUAUUUAUAUAUGUUCCUAAUCAAUUUGUAUAUGUAUGUAUGUAGUUGAUAAUAAAAAAUAUUUAGAAAUAUAUAAUAAAUGUAUAAAAGUAUGUCUAGCAUUGUAAAACUAAAACAAUAAUAAAUUAAUGAGCUUUCAAAAAUUAUUUAAAAAAAAUAGAAUCAAGCAAAGCA